AUGGCGAAGAAGAGAACUGCAUUUACCAACCGAGCAUGGAACCUUCUCCGCCUAGCCUUAUUCUGGGCUCGGAAAGGUGGCAUUUUCAAAAAAGGUACAAUUCUCGAUCUCUUCAAGAGGCUCCGAUCUCCACCAUCCGAUUCCAUUUACUACGGCGAGCGUGAAUUCUCCUUUGACGAGACUCCCCUUUUCCAUUCCAAGAUGCAAUGGCCUUCUUCGAUGAGGUUCCGAUACCUCCCUCAUAUUCCUUGCAUUAACCCAUCCAUCGAUUUCAAUGACGAUCUCGACCACGACGGUUAUAAUAACGGUAGUUAUGAUCGCGAAGAUGGAAGUAGCUACUUUAGACGUGAUGUGGACGGUGGAGAUCGUAACGAUCGUAGUGGGGACCGAGAUGGGGGUGGUGGGGAUGGUUUGAAUGGUGGAGAUGAAGGGAUAGAUUCGAAGGCGGAGGAGUUUAUUGCGAGGUUUUAUGAGCAGAUGAAACUACAAAGACAGGUUUCUUACUUAGAAUACAAUGAAAUGCUCCACAGAAGCACGAGCUGA